CGGAAUAUAAAAUUUGGAGGCGCGGCAUGCAGGUUUGUUUCCCAGAGAGCUGAGAGAAGAACAGCAAAUUAACUGAAUGCGACAGUAAAGCCUUGUGGAGGUUUUUGGUUGAAGAAAAUGAGUAAAGAGGCACAAAUGAGAGCGACAAUUAACCAGAAACUAAUUGAAAUGGGCGAGCGAGAGCGACUCAAGGAGUUGCUCAGAGCGAAACUUAUUGAAUGUGGGUGGAAGGACCAAUUAAAAGCGCACUGUAAAGAUGUGAUCGGGGAAAAAGGACUGGAGCAUGUCACAGUGGAAGACUUGGUUGCAGAAAUCACGCCAAAAGGAAGAGCUCUUGUACCAGACAGUGUGAAGAAAGAACUUUUGCAGAGAAUAAGAGCAUUUUUAGCUCAGCAUGCCACACUAUAAAUGAAACCAUUGCUGCUUUUUCCUUUGUUUAUUCGUAGCCCUGACAAAAAUCAAUUUCCCAUUUCUUUCAGUACAUUCACAAGGUGAAAUUAAUAAAUGGUAAUUCUUCAGUUUUAAGUUAGUUUUUGAUAUUUACUUUUUUUGCAAAACAAAUUAAAUGAAUUUUAAAAAGUCAUAUUGAUCAUGUAUUUUUGUUACUGUUACACAUUUAAGAAUGGCAUAACAGGUGUUUUCUACAGUCAUAGUAAAUUCAUUUUUUCCUAUGAAAAUCAUUUUCACUUGUACAAAAGGGAUUCUCAGCUGUGUUGUUGGUGAACCACGCGCUUGAAUUUGUUUAAGCUGAGGUCUUGCGUCGCGCAUAAUUCACCCCCUUAGUUGCCCUUUUCAUUUAGUUGCUGAAGAUAUUGUGGAUUGCUUUUCCACUAUUGCAUUUCAUAAAUAAAUGUCUAAUAAUUUCUAAAUAAAAAUUAAAAUCUUGGAAGUA